CCGCCGAACGGAUCGCGAUUAUUUAAGCAUAAAUUAUUUCGUAUCAACAAUAUUACUAUGCCCCCUACCACAGGCAAGAAAACAUUUAAGAUUUAAUUGAAAAAAACCCAGAUUAUUUUUAUUAGACGAAACCCGCCAUAAUAAAUUAACUCCAGUACUCCACGCGGAGAUUUGAGCUGGGCUGGCAUUCCACAAUUAUUAACACAUUAGUGUCAGGGUUGCUGUCUUUACAUUUAUUGACUUUAUCAAACAAAGAUCGCAAUGAGUUACUAAAAAGUACUUUAGAUUAAAAUGUAAUUAAGUGGGUGGGUUCCACAGUGGGUGGGUUCCACAGUGGGUGGAAACCGUGGAGCUUGAAAUCUGAAGAGGAAAUUUCGUCAUCACUCAUCAGUGAUUCACGAUCAUUUCUUCAUUUCAUGACUCAUUGGAUGUGGGCCUCAGCCUCAUUAUUAUUCAUUUUAAUUUAUUAUUCUGGUUUGUUACUGAGUUCAUAACUAAAUAUCAUUGUUAAUUAUUCACAUUUGUUUGCAUUAACGUUUUUUUUUAACUAACGCAACUCUCUGUAAAGCAUGUAAAAUGAAACAAACUGUGUACGUUUUUCAGCUACGAGAUGGCGUAUGCAAUGAUAAAUAACAACACGAACUUACAACAACUGUUGGUUCACUUUCUUUUCUCUUAUUUCGAAGAAGGAACUGGUGAACACAUUUAUUUCAAGUGAACUACUGAACCAUGGAUCAGACGAAUAAUGGCAGCUUCGUUUUAACGAACGAAAAUUCUACAAUUAUUGAUGCUGGAAACAGUACGGAAAGUUCUUUAGAUCAAAACUCAGGCCCAUCUGCAGAGCACGACGACACCGUUAGCGUUGUUCUAAUACCGUUGGUUAUUAUUGGUCUCCUUCUUGCCGUGGCAGCUAUUAUCUUCAUUAUAAUCAGAAGAAGAACCACAAAACAAGCAAGACGUCAAUUUGCUCCAGUAUAUUACUCUGUGGAACACGAAGAAAGUGGCAAUGAAUGGGAGUCUCAGCUCAUGGAUGAAGAAUUGGCCAGACAUGCAAACAUUGUUAAGCCUAAUCGUGGAAACCAAGCCAGACUCCAGUUAGAAAGGGGUGGGAAAUAGGCCUAGCUGAAUGACCAUGUUUAAAUGUGAUGAAAUAGAACUAGAACAAGUAUUGUGAUUCAGCCUUCUGAAAUCAAAUUUUUAAGAAGCCAAAAUACAAUUGUGAUUGAAAACAA